GAAAUUGUUAAUGCAGGCACUAGAGAGCGCACGCGCUCCACUUCGCUUUGGCCCUCCUCACAAUCUCACUGCAGAAAAAGAACACAGCGGGCCGUUGCUGAAACAAAAUGGCGAAUGUGGAAAUGGAUUUACGGAGCAAGAGGCUUAAUAUCGGGCCAGAGGAUUUAGAGAGUCCAGAGAAGAGUGGUAAUGAGGAUGAAACCGGUGACAUGUCUGGAGAGGAUGAAGAGGACGGUGAGGAAGAAGCGGAGGUGAAUGGAGAGAAGCAGGACAGCGGUUCCAAACAUCACAGCAGCGGCAGCAAACACAAAAAAAAGAAACACAAGCACCGUAACAAGCACAAAAAACACAAACAUGCAUCUGAGGAAGAUAAGGACCGCAAACGGAAACAUAGACACAAACAUAAGAAGCACAGGCGCAAAGAGGAGCCAUCUUCCUCACCAUCUGGGGCCAUCAACAGGAGGGCUGAGGAUGGCUCUCCAUCACAGUGCAGUGCAACCCUGGAUGACAAGGCGCUUCUUGAAGACCUGGAGAAACAAAGAGCACUGAUUAAAGCUGAGCUGGACAGCCAGCUGAUGGAGGGGAAGGUUCAGUCAGGAAUGGGCCUGAUUCUACAAGGUUACAAUUCUGGCUCAGAAAAGGAUGAAGAGGAACAGAGGGCACGUAAUGGGGAGCAACGGCAAAGAACCAGUGGGGGCAGAACCCGCUCACCUAGGGACCAGAUAAGCAGGGGUGUUAGAUCCAAACGGGACUCAACAGUCACCAGCAAACCAAGUGUUAAACGGCGCAGCCGCUCACUCUCUCGAGUUGGUAGGGAUGCUAAACUUGAACGAAUUACCAAAAUUGUGAAAGAGACUGUUAAGGAGCGUAGCAAGUCCAAAGAGAAAAAACGCUCCCGGAGCAGAGACAAAUCCAGGGAGCAUUUGAGGAAAUCCCAGUCCCCAUCUACAAGAAGACGCUCUGCGGAGAGAAAGUCAGACCAGAAGGAAUGUUCUGAUCGGCGUUCCUCUCCCCAUAUAGAUGAGAAGCGGGAACAAGUCACACAGAGAUCAAACUCACGAGGACGCAAGAGCCGGUCACGAGAUAGACGAUCUCACUCUAAAGAUGUUUGGCUGGGUCGCUCAGAGAAGGACAGAGAAAAAAGGCCUGGAAAGUCUCCGUCCAAAGACACCUCAUCUGGGAAAGAGAAUCGGUCUCCUCAUCAACGUCGAGCUCUUAGCUCUCAACGUCAACACAGUUCCUCCCCUCGCCAUAGGGACCGCCAGCCCAACCAGCCCCCAUCGGGUUCAGCAGACCAGAGUUCCAAACUGAGCCAUUCACCAUCUAGAAACAGGUCACCAGUCAGCAGAGGACAAAGUCGCUCAAAUGAGCGCCGGAGAGAUUCCCCGUCCAGGAAGCGUCAUCGUGUGGAUGGAGCAGGGAGAUCACGGGAAACGAGUCCAGCGCGGCGCAGAGUGAGCCGCUCACCACUCAGACGUUGGUCUGUAACACCACGGCGACAGUCUCGCUCCUCACCCAGAAGACGAAGUCGAUCGCCCCUGAGACGCAGGUCUGCUGAAAGGGACCGGUUUGGCCGCUCCAGACCACGACGAUCCACCUCCAGAGAGCGUGAGAGGAGGCGGCGGCGAAGUCGGGAUGAAGACAAGUUCAAAGGCAGUCUGUCAGAGGGUAUGAAAGCAGACCGUGACUCCUCCUCUGAAGAAGUGAUGGAGGACUUUGAUGCUGAAGAGGAGGAUGAAGAGGCUCUGAUUGAGCAGCGACGACAACAGCGACUUGCCAUUGUCCAGAAAUAUAAAGCGAUAAAUGAGGACAGCAAUAUGGGCUCCAUGGCAUCAGAGCCCAGCAGUCCUCAGAGCAGCACACGCAGUCGUUCACCGUCCCCUGAUGACAUCCUGGAACGGGUAGCAGCUGAUGUAAAGGAAUAUGAGCGGGAGAAUGUAAACACUUUUGAGGCCAACAUUAAGGCUAAGCACAACCUCAUCGCUCAGGAGAAAGAAGGAGCCAACCCAAAGAAGCCCUCAGCACCCGACAUGUUCACGGAGUCAGAUGACAUGUUUGCUGCUGAUUUUGAUAGUGCCAGACUGAGGGCUGCAGGUAUUGGUAAAGAUUUUAAGGAGAACCCCAAUCUCAGGGAUAACUGGACUGAUGCAGAAGGAUACUACCGUGUGAACAUCGGUGAGAUACUGGACAAGCGGUAUGAUGUGUAUGGGUACACUGGACAGGGUGUGUUCAGUAAUGUGGUCAGAGCUAGAGACACUGCCCGGGCUGGCCAGGAGGUGGCAGUCAAGAUCAUCCGAAACAAUGAGCUCAUGCAGAAGACGGGACUGAAGGAGCUUGAAUUUCUAAAGAAGCUGAAUGACGCAGAUCCUGAUGAUAAAUUUCACUGUUUGCGGCUCUUCAGACACUUUUACCACAAACAGCAUCUCUGUUUGGUGUUUGAACCUCUCAGUAUGAAUCUGCGGGAAGUGCUUAAGAAGUAUGGUAAAGACGUGGGGCUGCACAUCAAGGCAGUUCGUUCCUACAGUCAGCAGCUCUUUCUGGCCCUCAAACUACUGAAACGCUGCAACAUCCUCCAUGCUGACAUCAAACCAGACAACAUAUUGGUGAAUGAAUCAAAGACCAUUCUUAAACUCUGUGAUUUUGGCUCUGGAUCUCAUGUUGCUGACAAUGAAAUCACUCCCUACUUAGUCAGCAGAUUCUACAGGGCACCUGAAAUCGUCAUUGGUAAACUGUAUGAUUAUGGCAUUGAUAUGUGGUCAGUCGGCUGUACCCUGUAUGAGCUAUACACUGGGAAGAUCCUGUUCCCUGGCUCUUCUAACAACCACAUGCUGAAGCUGGCUAUGGAUCUGAAGGGCAAGAUGCCCAACAAGAUGAUCCGGAAAGGCCUGUUUAAAGACCAACAUUUUGACCAGAACUUGAACUUCCUAUAUAUAGAGGUAGACAAAGUGACUGAAAGGGAGAAGGUAACUGUGAUGAGCACCAUUAACCCCACUAAAGACCUGCUAGCGGACAUGAUCGGAGGUCAGAGGUUACCUGACGAUCAGAGAAAGAAGGUCAUGCAGCUUAAAGAUCUGUUGGACGGUACUCUAAUGCUGGAUCCAGCUAAACGCAUCAGCAUCAACCAAGCCCUACAGCACCCUUUUAUUCAGGAGAAGAUAUGAUACUUUCAUGUCUAACCUGAGACUAUCCAUUGUUCCAGGACUGAGCCAAUAGACACAAGCUCAAAAUGUUUGGAAUCAUCACAAGACUUUCAAUUUUCUAUUUUUAUUCAUGUUUUUCUAGUGAUUUUUGUUUUGUCUUAUUUAACUUCAGAAGUGACCGAAAUGUAAAAAAUGCAGCAUUUUAGGUUAGUUUAGUGUUCAGAUGUUAAAGGCAAGAAAUGUCUGGGUAAGCAUAUCAGAGAAACAAAUUGUUUUUGGGAUUCUCCAAUUAUAAUGCAAAUGUGUCCUUUUUGGUAACAAUUUAAACAAGUGGCUUCAAUUUAGAUUUCUUUUAUCUGAUCAAGGAUUGCACCACUUGCUGGUUAGUAACUUCACACAGUCCCCUUCUUGUUGAAGACAGUACACAAUAGUUCAUCAUGUACAGCUGUUUAAAAUAGUGGUUUUGCUCUAGUACAUUUACGUCAAAUGAUACUGGAAAUCACACUAGAAACGUUCUUGUCCCAUUUUAUUUGUCCCACCUUACAAGCCUGUCCUAUUAAGAAACAGUUUAAUUUACGUGGGUCCUUAAGGUGUUUAAUCUUAGUUAAUGAUGUCAAAUUGUCACUUUUCGACUACUAAAUUGUAAAUUUACCCAUAUUUCCAAAAACUGUAAAGCUGUUUUUAUUUGAAAAAUCUAAGAUUUUGGAUCAUUAAUCUCUAUUGGUGUAUAUUAGCAACUUGCUUUUGCUAUAGUUAUCUCUGGAGUUUAACUUUGGAGUUUAACAUAAUCCAAUUUCAGUAUACCAGGCCUGUUAGAGAUGAUGCUUAUAUUUAAAGUCCCCAGUGAUUAAAUUAUGUGGUAGGAAGUGCCGCCUCCUAUGCCUGGACUGAAGCAUAAUAGAAAGUCUCUCAGAUAUGCCCCGAGAGAUGGGUGAUCACUUAUUUUACAGUGUAAAUAAUUCAGUCUUCACAGUAUGAAACUUUUUUUUUUUUUUCUAACUGGGAUUUUUCUUUUUCUUUUUUUUACAAUAAACUUGAAAUAUUUGAUUGUGAAGGUAAAUGAAAAUGGCUAUUGAGUGUUAUCUUUUUAGUAAUAUAAGUUUUUUUUUUUUUGCUUUUUAGUAAUAAAAAGUAAAACUUUUU